UGCUAGAGAGAGUCCGGUAGCGUGGGAGGGAGAGCAGGGGGAGGGGGCCGACAACAGCCAGGCGAGCCAGCCGGAGAGCCACAGCAGCCCGGGACACACUCAGGAUAAGAAGAAGUGGGAGGGGGAGGAGGAGGCCAAAGAAGAGCCGCCGCCACCACCCGAAGACGAGGGCUCCACCAGCGGGGUGGACGAUGUGACCAUCUCCUGCUGCCUGUGCGGUCAGGACUUCAACUCGCGCCGCAGCAUCCGGCGUCACUGUCGCAAAAUGCACCAGAGCAAACUGGACGAGCUCCGGAAGUUCACCGAGACACGGACUGUUCCCACCAGCCUGCUCUCCAUGGUGAAAGGUCGGCCGAGGACUCUCAGCACACCGACCGGAAAGUCCUGUCCUGUCUGCAUGAAAACCUUCGCCACCAAAGCCAACGUGCGGCGUCACUUCGACGAGGUGCACCGCGGCCUGCGGAGGGAUAACAUCACUCCCAACAUAGCAUCUCGCCCCGGACAGCCCCUCAAUCUGGAGGCCACCCCCCCCAGGAAGAGCAACAACUCCUCUCCGACUCGUAGCAGCAGCUCCAAGUCGACCCCUGUGACCUCUAAAACUCCGCCUCCCAGCCAAACCCAGUCCAAAGCUCCGAGCACGCCCCCUGCCUCGUCACAGGCGGCCCCUUCCUCCAGCCGCUGCACGCUCUGCAAGAGGAACUACAGCUCUCAGCUCAUGUUGAAGAGACACAUGCGCAUCGUCCACAAAAUAUACAGCAUGAAAAACGUUCGCUCUGCCACGCCUCCCGCCCCCCCCGCUCCGACAGCCCCGCCUCCGAGCAGCAGCGCUACCUCCGCCACGAGCAACAACGUCAGGGUGAAAGAGGAAGCAGUAGAAGCCUCAGAUGAAGAGGAGGAGGAGGAGGAAGAGGAGGAAGUGGACACUAGUCCAGCCCCGUCUCCUAGCGACAGCACCGCGACAGCUAAAGGUGUCCCUGUGGCGAACCACGCCAUGAAAGUGAAGGAGGAGGCGCCGUCGAGCCCGAAGGUGGCGUCGUUAUCCUCGUCAUCCUCACGCGGCACCGGACCCUCCAAAACCCCCAAACUGUCGGUGGGCUUCGACUUCAAGCAGCUCUUCUGCAAACUGUGCAAGCGGCAGUUCAGCUCCCGGCAGAACCUCACGAAGCACAUCGAGCUGCACACGGACGGCAACGAGAUCUUCAUCAAGUUCUACCGCUGCCCGCUCUGCCGCUACGAGUCGCGCCGCAAACGGGACGUCCUGCGCCACGUGACGGUGGUCCACAAGAAGUCCUCGGCGUACCUGGGCAAGAUCAUGCCCAAACUGGAGAGCCGGGCGGUGAAGAGGCAGGCCGAAGUGGUCCUGAACAGCGGGACCCCCAACAAGAGGAUCGGCAGCAGCGGGGUCAAAGAGGAAGUGAACGGGCGCCCAGCUUCUUCCUCCCCCUCUUCCUCCCCUUCGCCUCCCAUCACUCGCAAGCAGGAGGUCUCCACACCUGCAACAACCUCCUCCUCUUCAUCGUCUUCCUCCUCGCACCCCGCCUCCGCCACUCGCAAACAACAGGAAGUGUCAUCGCCGGCGUUAAGCCCCUCCCCUCCCCUCACCCGUAAGCAGGAGAGACAGCAGACCCACCAGCCUCGCCCCGUCAGCCCCCCGCUGACCCGCCGCAGUGAGAAACACUCACACCAACGCAGCUCCUACUCCAACAGCUCGCCCGGCAACCAGACGCCACACACCCGGCAACACGACAGCCAAUCAGAGUGCAGCGGCUCGUCGUCCUCCACCGAAGUCAGAGUGACCAAGAACUUCUCCCUGCACGCCUGCGACCAGUGCGGGCGAGCCUUCGCCAAGAAGCUGUACCUGGAGUCUCACAAGCGAAGCCAUCGUAACGCAGUGACGGCGGCGGCCAGCAGGAGGAAGGGAGUCAGCACCCGCUCCAAAUCCCUUGUCUGGUGAAACACUCGUCCGCAGGGAUAACGCCGCUAAGAAUGAAGGAACCAAUCAAAACUCUCAACGGGAAUAGAAUGGACGAAUGGAAGGAGCGCAAACCAACAGAAGGAGUGCAAAGGAUUUCCACCUUUUGCUCGAGAACCAAAUAUAACGUUGGGAAUCUUGACAUUUAUUUCAUGAAGUUUCAUCAGCCGCACAAAGCCGCUGCUAUCCACAGAGACUGUAGAAGACAGAGGUUCAUUAUGCUGUACAUAUCUGUGUUUACUGAAGGAGAGUCAUAUAGCUGAUCUCUACCUGCUCUCUGUAGCUGAAGGAUGGAGGG